ACGUUCAAUAAAAUUGUAAGAAAAUUUUUCAUUUUCUGAAAAUAUAGGAUUUUUUUUGUUUGACCCUAAUGUCAUGAAAAUAAGGAUACAAGCCUGCUUAACUGUAGACAAAUUUUGUCUUUGUUUUGGAUUCAGGGGAUGGUUUAACAUCUUUUAGUCUUACAACAUCACACACUUGUAUGCACGAUGCACGAAAUAGUUGGUUAUAACUACAAAGUAACUAAAGCGGAUAGAAGCUUUUGAGUAACAUCCUUUGAUGAAUUUGAUAAGCUGUGAAAGUUCCAACAAGUUAGAGAUAUAAUGGGGGUGAAGGGUCUGUGGUCAUACAUUCAGGAACAUCAAGACAAGUAUUUUCAAGAUUGCAAACUUAAAGACACAAAGCUAGUAAUUGAUGGCUCGAAUUUACUAUAUUUCCUUUACAAUCAUUUUGAAAAAAAGAAUAUAUAUGGAGGAAAUUAUGACCACUUUUAUACAAAAUGUCGAGCCUUCUUCAAUACCUUGCUGAAAUGUAAGAUCUUACCAAUAGUGGUAUUUGAUGGAGCAGACGACCCAGACGAUAUGAAGUUGGAUACGAUUCUAAAACGUCUAGAUGUGCGAUUCAAUAGAGUUAAGAAAUGGAAAACAAAGGAAAUACUACCUAUACUAUCAAAGCCUCUUUUGUAUCAAAUUCUUGAUGAGCUGAAGGUUCCUCACAUUGCCACCGUGUAUGAGGCUGAUAAGGAAAUCGCAGUUUUAGCAAGCAGAUAUGAAUGCCCUGUGGUGACUAAUGACAGUGAUUUCUACGUGUAUGAUUUAAAAGGUGGAUCAAUUUCAAUGGAAUGCAUGAUCACAAAAGAGCAAACGGAUAUAAAUGGCAGUUUUUACAUACCGGUCAAACUUUACAGACGAGACGCUGUGUUUAAAGAUUUGUUCAAGAUGGAAAAUGACGAAUUAAUAUUUCCUGUAUUUGCAACAUUAACUGGAAACGAUUUUUUCAACCCUUCAUGUAUUACCCUAAACUACCCCAAUGAGUCAGGAAAAAAGAUGAGUUUUGCAAAGAGGAAUAUCCGUGAUGUUGCAAAAUAUAUAGAAAAGUUUGUGAGUGGACAGGUUGCAUAUGAUUACAUUUGUUCACAGUUAACUAAAAAAGAGCAGUUACCUCAAGCAGGGCAGUUAACUCAAGCAGAGCAGUUAACUCAAGCAGAGCAGUUAAGUGAAGCAGAGCAGUCAAGUGAAGCAGAACAGUCAAGUGAAGCAGAGCAGUCAAGUGAAGCAGAGCAGUCAAGUGAAGCAGAGCAGUCAAGUGAAGCAGAGCAGUCAACUGAAGCAGAGCAGUCAAGUGAAGCAGAGCAGUCAACUGAAGCAGAGCAGUCAACUAAACCAGAGCAGUCAACUAAACCAGAGCAGUCAACUAAACCAGGGCAGUUAACUCAAGCAGAGCAGUUUGAAUAUUCUGUCAAUAUGUAUCGUUACUCAAAACAAUUUACUCUAUUUGAUUUAGAAGCAUUUUAUUGGCCCCCAAAAAGGGAAAAAA